CUUUGGUUUAGUUCGUUGGUGUGUGUAAUCAGCUAAGAUGUUGUUUUGCGAAAAUUUAUGUGUGACAUUCUCCAGAUUGUAGAACUGAAGCCAUGUUCCAGGAACCAACUAUAUGGAUAAAAAAAGAGGAAAUGGAUGAAGUACAAACUCAGUUAUGCUCUAUGUUUCUUGAAGACCCGUUAAAGACUGACAGCCCUAGUGUUUGGGUAAAGCAAGAUCCUGAACUGAAACAAGAUGCUGAUGGAUCUGAGCAUAAUUCUGUUAAAGACCCACUGGGAAUAUCUUGGUCCACUGAUUUUAUCAAGAAGGAUCCUGAAUUAAAUCUGGAAAUGAAUGUAACAGAGAAUAUUGUGGAAACCUCAACAAGAUACACAUCCGAUGCAGCAAGAUUGACUCAGAGUACUGGUGAGAGGUGUGGAGUAUCAUGUGAAGAAACUUGUCACCAUAGACAGGAUGAGUUUGUGAUAGACAUGGAGAAGUCAACACACGAGUUUGGUACCUGUACAGAAGAUGUGACUCUUGAUGAGGAAUGCUCAGUUGCCACCAGAUAUGACUGUAGUACGAGGGAAAAGAAAUUUCAUGUGUAUAGCUGUAAUUCUUGCCAACAGAGCUUUUCUUCAAAAUACAGACUCAUAAUGCAUGUGUUUAUGCACAUUGAUGGCACACAACCACCUUUGUAUGUUUGCAAGUGGUGUGGUGAGGUAUUUCACAGUAAUGUUAGUUUGAAAAAACAUUUAAGAAUGAGUGAGAAAUAUCAUGUCUUAAUUGCUGGCAACCAUGAAAAAUAUGGCUAUAUUGAUGAGCAUCAAAGCAGUAUCUUCUUGGAUAGUUUGCCAGAAGUUUCUGCUACACAACACAAUGAGCAGUCUUCAUGUAAGGAAACUUGGAAAGCUUCAAAGCAGUCCUCUAAUGACAUGUGUAACACACACAUGACAAAUGAUACAGAGAAAACAGUUGAUUAUGGAAAUUUAUCUACAGCUGUUAAUGUCAGUGCCCAGGCUGAUCUAAUUACUGCAAACAGAACUGACAAAUAUGGUAUUUAUGGCAACUUGUUUGGUAGGUCACAUCAUCUCAAGAGAGAGAAACUAAUUCACAUGGGAAAGAAACCCCACAAAUGUGAGAUUCGUGGGGAAUCGUUUGCUCAGUCAGGUCAUCUCAAUACACAAACAUUAAUUCACACUGGAAACAAACUUCACAAAUGUGGGAUUUGUGACAAAUCGUUUGCUCAGGCACAUCAUCACACGAAUCAUGUCGUAAUUCACACUGGAAAGAAAUCACACAAAUGUGAGAUUUGUGGGAAAUCAUUUGUUAGUGCAGGCGGUCUCAAGAUGCACGGCUUACUUCACACUGGAAAUAGACCGCACAAAUGUGAGACUUGUGGGAAAUCUUUUGUUAGGUCAGGCGAUCUCAAGAUACAUGGAUUAAUUCACACUGGAAAGAAACCUCACAAAUGUGAGAUUUGUGGGAAAUAUUUUCUUAGGUCAUGUGAUCUCAAGAUACAUGGAUUAAUUCACACUGGAAAGAAACCUCACAAAUGUGAGAUGUGUGGGAAAUCUUUUGCUCAAACAGGCAAUCUCAAGAGACAUUCGUUAAAUCACACUGGAAAGAAACCUCACAAAUGUGAGAUUUGUGGGAAAUGUUUUACUAUGUUAUGCAAUCUCAAGAUACACUUACUAAAUCACACUGGAAAUAAACCUCACAAAUGUGAGACUUGUGGGAAAUCUUUUACUAGGGCAGGCAAUCUGAAGAGACACAGGUUAAUUCACACUGGAAAGAAACCGCACAAAUGUGAGUUUUGUGGGAAAUCUUUUGCUGGAGCAGGUAGUCUCAAGAGACAUUCUUUAAUUCACACUGGAAUGAAAGCUCACAGAUGUGAGAUUUGUGGGAAAUCUUUUGCUAGAGCAGGCAGUCUCAAGAGACAUUCCGUAAUUCACACUGCAAAGAAACCUCACAAAUGUGAGAUUUGUGGGAAAUCGUUUGGUUUGUCAAGCUAUCUCAAGAAACAUAUAUUUAUUCACACUGGACAGAAACCUCACAAAUGUGAGUUUUGUGGGAGAUGUUUUGCUUUCUCAUACACUCUGAAGACACAUGAAUUAAUUCAUACUGGAAGGAAACCUAACAAGUGUGAGAUGUGUGGGAAAUCUUUUGCUCAGCCAGGCAGUCUCAAGAGACAUUCCGUAAUUCACACUGCAAAGAAACCUCACAAAUGUCAGUUUUGUGGGAGAUGCUUUGCUUUGUCCAACAAUCUCAAGACACACGAAUUAAUUCACACUGGGAUAAAACCUCACAAAUGUGAGAUUUGUGGGAAAUCUUUUACUGUGUUAUGCUAUCUCAAGAAACAUGCAUUAAUUCACACUGGAAAGAAACGACACAAAUGCGAUAUUUGUGGGAAAUCUUUUGCUAGUUCAGGCGAUCUCAAGACACAUGCAUUAGAACACAUUGGAAGGGGACGUCACAAAUGUGGUAUCUGAGCCAAAAGUUUCACUCAAGACACAUGCAUUACUUCACAUAAGAAAGAAAGUACAAGUAAGUGUUAGUUUACGCAAAUAGGUUUUCCUGGGUUGUGCCCUCAAGGCCUAUAAAAUAAUGGAUGUAACAGGGGGACAAUAAAUUAUAAUGCUUGUGAAAUAACAUUAAAAUGUGUUAGAAACAAAAGUGUGCAAUGAUGCAUACUAUAGAGUGGUAACACAUAAUGUGACAAUAUAAAAAUCCAUAUCAGCAGGUUGAGAUGUCAAGAAAUUCUAUUACUUAAUACUCCUGAAACAUGAAUCAAAUGUGUUUUUGUCAUUAACACUACAGUUUUUCCCAGUUGAUAUUGAGACAAAAAGAUUGUGAAUUGUGAUAAAUUCUUACCUUCUUCAGUAAUCAUAAGUACCAUGCAAUAUUCAGUAGAAGGCCAAGAAAAUGUGACGACUUCCUGCUUGUUAUUCGAAAUGUAGUCAUCAUGUAGUACUUGUAGCUCUGCAUUUUAGAAAGGUGAGAGCAAGAAUGUAUUUAUAGCAUUUCUUUCACUCAGAAUAGUAAACUCAUCACUGGAGAAACAUAAUUAUGGCAAUUAUUUUACUCAGCUAUGUUUUCUCAAGAGAUUUGCUAUAUGUGUUAUUAAUAGUGUGUACAUUUAUGUUCUGUUAUUACUAAUCCUGUAUUAGUAAACUGAACAAGAAAUAUAGCAACAUGCUUACUAGUAUGUUUGUCCACAUUUGGAACAAAAUACAUUGACAGUUCUACAUGAUAUGGACUUGACAUGUUGUUUUCAUGUUUCUGGAUGUAUAUUGCACCAGUUGUAUUCCACACAUUCAAAUCAGCUAUGUGGUCGAGACAUCAGUGUUGGUUACCAUGCUACUCAGACCACUGUGGAGUCGUUCUGCACAUGACAUGGAUAGUUAUCCUGCUGAAAGCUGCCUUCACUGUGGGAGAGCACAUCAGUCAUGAAGGAAUCCUUGUAGUUGCAAUAAAGAUCACAUAGUCUGCAACUGUCAUUUUACCUUCAGUUAUUACCAGAUGUCCCAAAGUAGCCCAUAUCAUAAUGGACCCCCCAUCUGGUGCCAUUCACCUAGUUGACUGCAUAUCUGGAUGUGGCAACUGACCUGGUGUAAUAGGAAAUGUCACACAUCCUGACAGUUGCCAGUUGGCAGUUGACAUUAUCAUUGACCUUCAUUCCAGCCUCAAUGAUCCCUUGCCCACUGCAGUUGCAAUUGAACACUUUGGUGGAUUGGAAGAUAUGUCACAUUGCCAGCUUUACAGAACAGGUAAGCUUCUGAUCUCCAUGAUUUGUGAUGAAGUAUAUAAGUAUUACAUCUUUUCAUAAGGUUAUGGAUUUAUCACCUUUCAGCCACUUUCCGCAGAUGUUCACCACUUUUGAGGUGCUAGUUGCCAACUGCAAUGCCACCAUAACCUGCCCUUUGCUAAAGUUACUUAUCUCAUUGGAUUUACAUCUUCGCAACCCAUCUAAUUGAUAGAACAAUUCCUUCUUAAUAUCUGAUCUGCUAUACUUGUAAUCUGCGUACUGCAUCAUGUGUGUAAAACAUGGUAUUCAUUCUCCUCUCGGGCAGUGUUCAUGACAUUUUUGCUCAUCAGUGCAACUUCAUGUAAACUGGGCAGAUGCGAGAAUGUGUAGUCUAACAAAAUCAUUGUGCUUGGUUACCAUUUACACCAGUGUACAAUAGCUAUAUUUUUGUGAAAUUUUUUUGUUUCACAAAGCUCUGUACUUGAUUAAGAGAUAAUGUAGAUAAGUGUUAUGCACCAAAGCUCCUAAUUAUUUGUUCAGCAUCUAAUACUGUGUAAGUUUUACACAAAAUGAAAUCGAAAACCAAACAUUAAGUGUUACAGUUCGAUUCCAUUCAUUUGUAUACACAAGAACAACACCUGGGAGAGCUGAGGGCAUGAGUACUAAAUAUGUCUUGUGUUAUAUUCAAAGAUGUUCCCAUUCUGGAUAUUUUUCUUAAUUUGUGUAAAUAAA